AGAAUGCAUAUAUUUCUUCAUCCUUUAAUCUCAAGUAUCAUUACAAAGCUUUAACCAAAAAAAUUCUUUUAAAAAAUGGGUUCCAAUGCAUUUCUGUUUCUUGGCAUUUGUUUGGCUAUUUUUGCAAUGAUAAGCUCAAAGGUCGUGGCUGUGACUUGCACCACUUCAGAAGAGUACUUCGUGAAAUCCGAUAACAAGAAUGAAGAGCAUGGUGGUGGACAUGGCAGAUAUAAAUUCGUAGAAAUACCUAAGAUUUCCCCUGAGGCUCCCAAAGAGGUUGCCAAAGAGGCUGCGAAGCACAGUGCCGCGCACAGUGUGGUUGCCAAAGAAAUAAGGUUGAGAGAUCUUGCCUUGAUAGUCUUGGGGUCAUCGCUAUUUGUCUUCAUAUAGUACUUUUUUUCAAGGCACUUGUAUUACAAUUUCUUCGUACUAGUUACUAUUUAUGCACUUUGCUUUGAUCAAGUCAACUAUUUGGCUUAUUGUUGACCUGCCAAGAUAUUAGUCAACUGUGUAGUUGACCAAGUCUUUUGCAAGUCGAAUAUUUGUAAUUCUUGUAAGAGUUUGUUUGAAUGAAAUGUUAAAGAAAUAAAUCUUAAAUUGUCCAAGAA